AUGUUCGUGCUCUCCUAUAUGCACACCUUCGCCGAUUUUCUAAUUCUAUGGGCGCUGCUGCUGAUGAGCAAACCGGAUGAUCGGAGCCAUCCGGUCGCGGCGCUCAUCACCACCGUCGCCGCACCGUACGCCGCGCGUCUCUAUCCGACCAUCAUCAGCUGCACGGUGUUCACCGCCGACAACGGCGAUCGCGAGAUGUUCCACAAGGAUGAGAGAAGCAUAAGUUUCCAACGCAAUCGCAAAUAUGAAUCGAUCAUGCUGGCUACGGCGAUGCUCACGUUCAUGUUCGGCGCCUCAUGGAUCCUUCAAGGACUUGUGCAGUCGUUUCGAAACGACACUCCGAUGACGAUCAAACAAAUCAAAAAUCGCGUUCUCUACCCGCUUUGUGGAUGUCUCGCCUUCUCAAUGGCCCUCUACAACGGAAUGUUCGAACCGCUUGGAUACAAGAGCCUUCCGAUUUUCAUCGUCUUCACCAUUGUCGUCAUUCAACUCGUCAUCUCAUUGGGAGUCGGCCAGAAGUUGAUGAGAGACUCGAAUGAUCUCUCCGAAUACCAGGAGUCCAGUUUGGUCUAUUUCAAAUCGAUUCGUUUGUCGGCGAUCGUCGGCAUUGUUCCAAUGCUCUUCAUGAUGUAUUGCCUAUCGCCGGCGUCGCACGUCUACUUCUUCACCGAAUUCGAGAAUCUCGUCCGUUUCGUGUUCAUAUUCGCCAUCAUUUUGAGCGAUCCUUACUCGAAUCGCACUCGGGUCCGCCGUCGCUCUUAUCGCACCGCCGUCAAUCACUCGGACACCAUCGCCGAAUCUGGAAAUUUCAAUUCGAGCUCUAUGACCUCACCGCUGCCACCGCCACAGUAUCCCGACGAACGCGAGAAUAAGGAGAAAGGUCCGCCGUCGUAUGAGAUCGCUCGACGUGAGAUGAGAAACCCGUGGGCGACCCACGAAGUCGGACUGACCGAUAUUUCCGUCAGCAAAAGGCUCACUCCUGUUCAACACAAUUAA